GAAGUUGCUAGCUGGGGGCAGAGACGGCCACGCGGUUGCAGGAGUAAGAGAUCCCCCUGUGGCGAAUUGGCCAACGGCUCCUUUCAACCCUGCCUCGUUGGUGGCCACUGGAGAAGCGCGGGGGGCUCCCCAGACAGCCGUGGGGACAAGUUAGAGCCAGCACUUGACCCCGGGCCUCGCGUGUAGCUUCCUCCCCCCCUGCUCUAGGUGCCCCGGUGUCCGGAGGAGGGGGGUGCGGGUGCGGGGGUGUGCCCUCCGUACACGUCCCAGCACCCAGGCAACCCUCCGGGCUUGUGUUCCAUCUCGCUCUCGCUUCCUGCACGGUGGUCGAGGGGAACCACUUGGCAUCAUGUCCCGGUAUAGCUACCAAAGUCUCCUGGACUGGCUCUAUGGGGGCGUGGACCCCAGCUUUGCAGGCAAUGGGGGCCCCGACUGUGCUGCCUUCCUCCCUUGGCAGCAGCGGCUGCUGGAAAGUGUGGUGGUCCUGACCCUGGCCCUGUUGGAGAUCCUGGUGGCCCUGCGGCACAUCCUGAGGCAGACGAAGGAGGACGGUAGGGGUGGCCGUGGCUGCCAGCCAGAUAAGGUGACCCAGCGGCCAGAGGAAGGCAAGGAGAGCCUGAGCAAGAAUCUGCUCUUAGUAGCCCUGUGCCUGACCUUCGGGGUGGAGGUGGGCUUUAAGUUCGCCACCAAGACCGUCAUCUACCUGCUCAACCCCUGUCACCUGGUCACCAUGAUGCAUAUCUUUCUCCUGGCCUGCCCUCCAUGUCCUGGGGCUAUCGUCGUCUUCAAGCUCCAGAUGCACAUGCUGAAUGGAGCGCUUCUAGCUCUGCUGUUUCCUGUGGUAAAUACCCGGCUGCUCCCCUUCGAACUGGAGAUUUACUACAUUCAGCAUGUUAUGCUCUACGUGGUACCCAUCUACCUGCUUUGGAAAGGAGGUGCUUACACCCCAGAGCCCCUCAGCAGUUUCCGGUGGGCCCUUCUCUCAACUGGCCUCAUGUUCUUUUACCACUUCAGCGUCUUGCAGAUCCUGGGCCUGGUCACCGAAGUGAAUUUGAACAACAUGCUGUGUCCGGCCAUCUCAGACCCAUUCUACGGCCCCUGGUAUCGCAUCUGGGCCUCGGGACACCAGACUCUCAUGACCAUGACCCACGGGAAGCUGGUCAUCCUGUUCUCAUACAUGGCUGGGCCCUUGUGUAAAUAUCUGCUGGAUUUGCUCCGGCUUCCAGCCAAGAAAAUAGACUGAAGGUGCUUGUCUUUUUUUUUUUUUUUUUUUUUUUCCCUCCCCGAGGAAGCAAGUCCUGACUUGACUUGGAGAACACCCAGUUCUUGAUGAAAUCAUGGGGAGAGGGCAGUAGGAUGUUUGGUGUAUUUCUUUUUCCUUCUCCUCUCUGUCCCUUUCUUCCACCACGCUUCCUUCCCCAGCCCUGCCCCCCCCCCCAGGAUAUCUCCUGGAGCCUGGGGCGGGGGCGGGGAGGGGGGGUAAUAUCCUGCCGAGGGCUGGAUUCUUCCUCCUCCCGUUUGGCUCUUCCUCUCUGCCCCUAGUGGCCUUACAUGGGCGACGGUAGUCAGUGGUUUUCACUCUGCUUGUUGGUGCUUUAAGGACAGCUGGUUGAGAGGAUGGGAAGCAACAAGUGGCAGUUCUCUUGGCACUGAAGUGAUGAGGUUGGGUUGGGUUUCAUUUCUCCACUGCCAGGGACCUCCAGGCUUACGCUGGGGUCCCCCUUUUGUCUCCAGCACAGCCCCCACCAUAAUGGGACCGAGGCCUUGUUUCUAUACCAGCGGCAAGCCAAGAGCCAAGGGAUUUCCCAGCUCAUGGCCAAAAUAGAACCUGCCGGAGUCUUCCCACUGGUGUCCCAUGACUCAGAACAAGCAGCCAACCAGCCACUCCCUCCAAAAUGCUGCCUGCGGUGGGCGGGUGGGAGGUGGGGGCGCUCCUUGGCCCCAGGGCAGGAUUCCGUUGAGGGGGAUGGAGAGCUGUUGCGGUGGCAGAUCCAAAGUGAACAAGUGGAAAAUAGCCACCACUCUUUACUAGGCAGGACCUUGGGUAAAUUCUGCCCAAGAGAGCCAAGAAGUGACCCAUAUCCCGAUCAGAAGUGAG